AUGUGUGAAAAUAUUAAACUUAGCAAUUUAACCCUUUCCUUUUGCAUAUAUUCAGUUAAACUUAGCAUGAAAGACCUUGAUUAUAAAAUUCUUGGUGAACAACUCGAGCCUAAUAAAGAUAUCAUUGCUAUCAAUAGCAAUUUCAUUCACAAGUCUUAUGAAGGUUUUGAGAACUUUAUUGCUCAACCCAAGAAGUUAACCACUAAAAAGAAAAAAUUGAUGACAAUGCCUCUUUUCAAGGAACAUAAAAAAGUUGACUAUCGAUCUGGUGAACUUGCUGUUCAAACCUUUAUUACGUAUCUUAAAGAAUCUAAUGGACUUACUAUGUUUGAAUUGGUUGAAAUCAUUAAGAGUAGCCUUUCUUUAUUAAACUUUAAGUAUCAUAUGAUAUUGCCUUCUAAUUUAUGCAUUGAUGUUUCAAAACUUGAUUCUAUUCUUGCUAAUGAUUUGUAUCCACCUCCAUUUAAAAUCGUUUAUAAAGCUGAUCCCAUUGAAUCUAUCAGAAAGCUUUCAAUUAUAUUUGGAUCUAAUGGAAAGAAAAUUCGUGUUAUUAUUUGGCCUAGUGGGAAGAUAAAUAUAAUGUCUGCAACUUCAUAUGAUGAUGCUCUCAAAAUCUAUAACUUCUUAGGUGAAAUAUUUGAAUCUGAAGCAUCAAAUCUACUUGCAAUUAUUCAUACUUGUGAUCCUCUUCAGCCUAAAACUCCUGAUAAACAAAAAAUGCCACCUCUUCCUAAAAGAAAAAGACAAUUUAAAGAUCAACCAAGAGAUGCAGAAG